AUGGCCCCAAGGAUUCUCGUCGCGAAGAAGAAGGGUCUGAGCCUGACGGUGAAGAUCCCGCUGUCUACAGUCCCUAGGACCAUCACGGGGAUCAGGAAGCGGGAGACCAGACCGGCUCGGGCCCCGGAACCCGACCGCCACGAGGAGAGCCUUGGCCUGCAGGCACUUACCACCAUGCCUGGGUACCAGGAGAGGGAGAAGGCUCGCCUGGAGGCCAUGGAAGUGGCGGAAGAGGAGCCACCACAACCCCUCCCGGUGGGCCAAGAACGAGACCGCCUCCAUCGCUGGGCCCUCACGUUCCAGACCCGCAUUCCUGAAGCGGACUGGAGGCGUGAGGAACGCCGGCGAAUGGAGGUAGUCCGUGCCAUCCGGGAGGAGAUGAAUGCAACGGCUGACCAGAUGGACGGCAGGACAGCUGAAACUCUGUCCGAACGUGGGACCUCCAAAUCCCAUUGUUCGGACACCUCAAAAGGUUCCCAGCUGUCCCUGGACGGGCAAGCGGAGAAAGAGCUAGAGGACUACCUGGACAGGGGCGCGGAGUCGGGACAGCAAAAUCGUUCGCCUCCACCAUCUCCACCACCACCGCCCAGUCGUCCGUCAGACCACCAACCACCACCACCGCCCAGCCAACCUCCACCACCGACCGACCAUCGACCACUGCCCAGUCGACCUCCACCACCGAUCGACCAUCGACCACCGCCGCCAUCACACCACCAUCCGCCACCACCGCCCAGCCGUCGGCCACAAGGAGCCGAGGUCAUCCAGGCUGAUUACCUGUGA